UGAGCAUAAGGGACACUCCAGGUUCCCCAUCCCUCCGCCAUGAAGACCCUCGGAGCAUGUGCACCCAGGGUCAGGCCUGCUGCGUGUAGCUGCGGAGGUGGCCGAGACGCCUGAACCCUGCCAUGGUACUUAGGACAGUCUGCACACAGCCUGGGACCAUGAACGGUACAUGCCCAUCCCCCCACGGGCCCUACGCUCUCCAGAUCUUCACUGUUGUCUACUCAGCCGUGCUGCUGUUGCUGGGCCUGCUGCUCAACGGCCUGGCACUCUGGGUGUUCUGCCGCCGCAUGCCGCAGUGGACAGAGACCCGCGUGUACAUGACCAACCUGGCUGUGGCUGACUUCUUCCUGCUGUGCUCCCUGCCCUUCAUGCUACUCUCCCUGCAGGACAGCAAGGACACGCUGCUGUGCCAGGUCUCACAGACCAUCUACAUGGUCAACAGGUACAUGAGCAUCAGCCUGGUCACGGCCAUUGCGAUGGACCGCUACAUGGCCUUGCGGCACCCGCUGCAUGCCCGCAGGCUCCGCUCCCCAGGGCAGGCGGCAGCUGUGUGCUUGGCGCUCUGGAUCCUGGUGAUCGGCUCCCUGCUGCUCCGCCUGUACCUGGGGCAGCAGGAGGGUGGUUUCUGCUUCCGGAGCUACUCACGGCACCAGUUCAGCUCCACCAUCCUCUCGUUGCUCGGCUUCUACCUGCCGUUGGCCGUGCUGGUCUUCUGCUCCGUGCAGGUGCUGAUGGCGCUGGCCCACAGGCCGGCUUCUGACACAGGACAGGCUGAGGCCACCCGCAAGGCCACCCGCAUGAUCUGGGCCAACCUGAUCGUGUUUGUGGUCUGCUUCCUGCCACUGCACGUGGUCCUGACUGUGCAGGUCGCUGUACCCCCCAGCUCCUGUGUGGCCCGCAGGGUGUUCAGCCUUGCCCUCUCCACCACCAGCCAGCUGUCCAAUGCCAACUGCUGCCUGGAUGCCAUCUGCUACUACUACAUGACCAAAGAGUUCAAGGAUGCAUCUGCACGGCCCUCAGCCUCCAAGAGCCAAGACUCCCAGAGCCUGACCCUGUCCUAGGAAUGUGUUGCCCAUAUGGCCUGAACCCGUAGGGCCCAGAUCAGCCUGAGCUCACUGUGGGGCAUGACCUUCCAAGGCCCAAGUGGGUGGGAGCACAGGGUACGGAACCUGGGGACACUGCCCCUGCUCCCUUGGGAAGGAUGGGGUGAGGGCCAGGGACCCCAGCUGGCUAUACUGCUGCCAGCAGAAGCAGGUGCCCGGGGCACUGUGGGGGCGCCUCGAUGGCCAGCCUUCUGCUCUGGUCCCUAGGGCAGUGAUGGAGACCACUACGAAGCGGCUCUGAGCAGGACCUAAGUUAGCCAACCGGCCUUCCAUGUGAGGCUGUCGGAAGCCCAGGCCCCUUGACUGGUGACGGGCAGUGCACUCCUAGUGGGUGAGCCUCUGAACUGCUGGUCCCAGCUUAGGCCUGUCAUGGCCUAUGAGGCUAUAACAGCUCAAAGGAUAAGACGAGGCCACAGCUGAGGACACCUGGCUCCAGCCCCAAGAACUCAACAGACACGUAGCUGCAGGCAUCUCCCUUCUGCAGCAAGGGUCAGCCUGGAGAUAAGCUAGCCCUCCAGUUAGCUUGAUUUCCUACUCGGGGAAAGUCUCUGAGCUGACUCCCAAGGUC